GAAGGGGACAGCGGGUAUCUGGGAAGUGACGUGGUGUCCGCGCCCCGCCGCGAGAAAGCACCACGGUGCGGUUGUCGUGCGUUUCGCAGGAGGGCAGGAGCGGUAAGGGGAACAUGGCCGCGCAGUCGGACGGCGGCAAGGCGCCCGGGGGGGUCGGGUACGGCGGCGGCGGGUUCGCACAGCUGUACGACGUGGACGGCGAGGAGCCGCUGGACUCCGCCGCGAUCCACAUCUGUCAGUGCUGCCGCACCUCUGCCUGCUACUGGGGCUGCCGCUCAGCCUGCCUCGGCUCCCUGCUCGGCGGGGGGCCAGCCCCUCGGAGGGGUGGCAUCCGGGAGACCCACUGCCCGCCCCGGGAGCAGCUGUGGCUGGACUGCCUCUGGAUCAUCCUCGCCCUCAUCGUCUUCUUCUGGGACGUCGGCACGGACCUGUGCCUGGCGAACGAGUACUACCGGAGGCAGGACUACCUCUGGUUCGGCCUCACGCUCUUCUUCGUGCUGGUGCCCUCCGUGCUGGUGCAGAUUCUGAGCUUCCGCUGGUUCGUGCAGGACUAUACCGGCGGGGGGCUCGGGGAGGUGGAGGGACUGACCAAGCGGGGCGCGGUGGCCCUGGGGUGCUUGUAUCCCGGGAGGGACCGCCUGCAGCUGGCCACCAUCUGGCUGUGGCAGGCGACCAUACACAUCCUCCAGCUGGGACAAGUGUGGAGGUACAUCAGGACUCUGUACCUGGGCAUCAUGUCGCGUCGGCAGAAGGAGCACCAGCGGCGCUGGUACUGGGCCAUGAUGUUCGAGUACGCGGACGUCAACAUGCUGCGGCUGCUGGAGACGUUCCUGGAGUCCGCGCCUCAACUGGUCCUGCAGCUCUGCAUCAUGAUUCAGGAGAACCGGGCCGAGACGCUGCAGUGCAUCUCCUCCCUGGGCUCCCUCCUGUCUCUCGCCUGGGUCCUGGCCUCCUACCACAAGCUGCUGCGGGACUCCCGCGACGACCAGCGCAGCAUGAGCUACCGCGGGGCGCUGCUGCACCUCUUCUGGCGCCUCUUCACCAUCUCGUCCCGCGUCCUCUCGCUCGCCCUCUUCGCCUCACUCUUCCACAUCUACUUUGGCAUCUUCGUGGUGGUGCACUGGUGCGCCAUGGCCUUCUGGGUGGUGCACGGAGGCACCGACUUCUGCAUGUCCAAGUGGGAGGAGGUGCUCUUCAACAUGGUGGUCGGCAUCGUCUACAUCUUCUGCUGGUUUAACGUGAAGGAGGGCCGGACGCGGCACAGAAUGGUGGUGUACUACAUCGUGGUGCUGGCCGAGAACACCAUCCUGACCGGCCUGUGGUACACCUACAGGGACCCGGCGUUGACCGACUCGUACGCCGUCCCGGCGCUCUGCGGCGUCUACCUGACGUUCGCCGGCGGCGUCCUGGUCAUGCUGCUGUACUACGGCUUCCUGCACCCCGCCAGCGCCCACCUCCAGCCGAGCCCCGCCUCUUCCUGUUGCGCCCAGCUGCUCUGGGGUCUCCCCCUGCCCCCGUCGGCCCCGCCCACGGCCCCGCCCACCCCGGCCCACAUGUCCAAGUCGCAGACAGACGAGGACGUGGCCGAGACGUGUCUUCCCGUCUUCCAGGUGAGGUCGGCGCCCAUCACCUCCAAGCCAGAGGGCCCGCUCAUAAAAAUUGACAUGCCCAGGAAGCGCUACCCGGCGUGGGACGCCCACUACGUGGACAGGCGGCUGCGGAGGACUAUAAAUAUCCUGCAGUACAUAACGCCGGCCGCGGUGGGCAUUCGCUACCGGGACGGACCCCUGCUGUACGAACUGUUGCAGUACGAGUCCUCAUUUUGACACACGCGCACAUGCACGCACAACGUCGUCGCACAAACAUCAGCACACGCACGCCCCGAAAGAGAAACACGGAUGUACACAUGGAUGUUGAGAUUUAGAGGGCGGUUUGGAUGCACAACGUCGCACUUGAUGUAAGCACAUAGACACAAAAGCAAUCAAUCACACUUUGACACACACACACACACACACACACACAUUCCUCGCGGGCCACGGCUGUGACGGCGCGAGUCCAUCUCCUCCCCGGCUCAUCCUCCUGACGCUCCAUUUCCAGCUCCCCUGACCACUCUUCAUCUGGUCUCUGCGAGUCGUCACCGCGGGUUCGUGCUCCACUGUGAGAUAUAUUUAAAAAUAAUUAAAGUAGGAGAGGCGAGCGCGGCGUCACGUCGGAGUCUUUGACCACCGCGUGCCGUUUGCGUUGUGCCGCUCGCGCUUUCACGGGUGUCUGUAGAAAGAAAAAAAAGUUGUGACACAAAGUAAGAACGUCACUAAGGAAUUUGUGAACGUGUCGUCGUUAGUCUAGUCAAAAGGUAGUGUAUAUAUUUUCUAUCUACGGAGGGGAUGUUGUUUUUUACCGUGACGUUAUCGACUGGGAGCAGAGCUGUUUUGGGGGGGUAUGUUGAAGAGGGAGGGAGGGUAGCAGAGCAUGAUGGGAAAGAUGGAGAGAGAGACACACACACACACACAAAUUCCAAAUUUCACUUUACAUUUGAGCUACAGGAACAAGAAAUAGACACAUUUCUUGUUAAUUAUCUUUCCAUAAAUAGUAGUCCAUUAGCUUAGCUUAGCAUUGAAACUGAAAGCUGGGGGAUUCUUGCUAUGUUGGAUAAGAUAGUUGAGAUAUUAUCUGGAUUACCAAUCUACAGGACAAGCUGAAGAGAUCAUGUUUCAAUUGCCAAGACAGCUGAAGCUAUGAUAGUAAUGCCACUGCGCUCGGUUUUAAACUGAAGGUGCCCGGUUUUAAACUGAAACAGAUUGAAAAAAAAAAAUCAGAGUGGCACCAUCAUCGUACAAAUGAAGUCCGAUGUUGGUGGAGUAAGUGUGACUGGCUUACUAAUGUGUGGUUACAUCAUAAAUAUUACCAAAUGCAAGAGGGAACAGAAGGCAGCACAUACUUCACGGUUUCACGGUUUGCAAACAAUUACGCCGUCUGGUGAUGUGAAAGUUCAUCUCCAUCAAUUCCCGUUAUGCUCGGGGCUUUAAUGUUAGUCACUGGCUCUCAAUCAUUUGUAUCCAUGUUUACCACAUAUAUGUAUACGAAUGAAGUCUGUGUGGGCCUCACGCCAACCGAAUCUGACACACAACAGUUUGUCUCCGACGGUCCGGACCCCCGCAGCGACUCGUCACCUAACGCCCCAGGCCGCCCCCGCCUGAGCUGUGAUGUACAGCUCAUCGUCUAUGUCUUUGGUUUGUUCAUCCCUGUGAUCCAAGCUGUUAAAUCGGCAGGCGGCGAAGCACGAGACAUCGGGGGACGUUGGUACCGACACUACGUGGAGGGGGGAAUUCUAGGGGGGGGGGGUUUAUUUUACAAAUAAAUAAUCCACGCGUGCUUCUCGCUAUCGCCGCUGUCCAAGAGGGUCGGGCAUGUGGAGGAGAAAGAUGAUGCAUUUGAGAGCAGGUACGUCCACAUUUUUCUUUUGUCGAGGCGUGUAAAAAAAAAAAAAACAGCUAUUAGUAAAAUGAAUUUUUGUGCUGAAACAAAAACUUUAGUUGAUUGACAGAAAGGUGUCUGACUGAGCGCCGCCAGGCCCAGGGGUUAGAAACUUUAAAGAAGAUGCUAGAGGGAUCCUAGCAAUUUUCAAUCCUAUAGUCAGCCUCAAUCCACACAAACUGUGACUCGAGUGACAUCACUUGAUUUCCAAGACCGUUGAUUGUUAGAGUUCCUCUUUAGAAGAAAACAAAGUCUACCUUCAAACCCCUCAGCUCUGGAGAACAGAAAACCUUAUUUUGCUUCGAAUCAUCAUCUUGCGCCCAUAAGAUUCAUCUUGGCAGCAUCAUUGGGUUUGAAACAGGAGACUGACCCGCAAAAAUGUUGACGUACCCCUUUGAGUUAUACCAACGUAAACGGACAGAGAGCUUACAGUAACUUUCCGUGGUGCUAUAGCGGUUCGAAAAAGAAAAGAACAGCCAAUCGGUCAGCUUGCUGCCAGCUAGAUUCAUUAGGUGCAAACACGCAGCAGCAUCGGUUCAUAUGGUGCAACAAGCUACGGAGUCAAUUGGCUGCUAAUUCCACUUCCUAUGGUGCAAGUAUCACACGCACACGCACACACACACACACGUACGCACUUAUGGUGCAAGAAGGGCCGAUUGUCUCUUUGAACUCCACGGUGCAACUUGAGUACUACCUUCAGUCAUCGGCCAAGGCUGUGCCAACGGCUCCGUCCUGCAGAAGCUAUGCAAGUCUACCACGCAAGGAGAUGUGCUUAGUAUGCACGCUCAACACACACACACACACACACAAACAAAACCAACACACACAGGGUUUCCCCCACAGCAGGGAGAUAUGCUGAGUACACCGUGAGAAAUAGUGCAGCAAAAUGGGAUAUGUCCCUACCUCACCGCUUGAACACACACACUCACACACACACAAUGUCCGAUAAUCCCAUACCCCUUUAUAAUUUGGGAACAAUAUUCACAUGGUGCUAUCCAGUAAAGACGGAAGUUUUUCUAUCGCCAUGGGCAGUGCGAUGAAGGAUUUAGCCAGAUGUGUUCCACGCUCAAACGGAGUCAUUCGGUCGAUCCGCGCCGUCUCGCGUUGCGAGUGUGUGGGGAAAGAAACAGCGUGGUUAAAGAUCAGCUGUGGGAGGGUGGUGCUUAUUAUUCGGUACACUCUGACGUGGACAUGAAUUGAACGUUAAGCAUGGGUUUUUAGAUGUGCCUGAGCACAGAAGUCAAAAGCAGGGGAAAAAAACAAAAUGCGACAUUUUGGUUUCAGAUCAUGAUGUUCUUGCAUGAAUGUCUUGGGGUUCGCGCAAAUGAAUGGUCACAGGCUCGUAUCUACUUCUGUGUUGUUAAAAGGGAGAUUUACGUUGACCUUGUCUCGCUAGCUACCCCCUUCCCGCACACUGACCUCUGACCCAAAACCAUGGGUUUUCCAGAGCUCCAGCCAAUCGGGGAUCAUGUUCAACCCAAAUCAGGUCCGACAGAACCAAAAAACAACAAACAAACGGCGUUGCUUCGCUUCUUUACGCACAAAUUUUCCCAUGUGGCAUUGAGACUCGGCAGUAGCCUCCUAAUCAAAAUUGCAGGUGUCAUACCUUCUUACCGUCUCCAUUUUGUUUUGCCACUAGCCAUAUUUGGUCAAAAAAAAAAUCAAUGAUACAUACUUUUUACAGUUGAGUCUGCAAGAAGUAAAACUUCAGCCCAAAACUCUGAGCCUUAGCCGGACCCACUAUGUAGGAAACAUCCGAGUGUGUGUAUGGCCUCACAUCCACAGCCAUGCAAGGUUACAGACAGAAAGGUUCUGGGGUUGAAUGAACUUCGCAAAAAAAAAAAAAAAGAGGACAUAUCACUGUUGUAGAUGUUGUCGCCUUUCGUAUUUGUUUGCAAGAAGAAACAAUCUGCAACGAGUGAUACACCACAAGUUGACUUUUGACAUUUUGUUAUCACGCAUUUCAAGUUAAUGGACGCUUUUGUCCUUCAGGUUUGCUAGUUGUUGGGUUCAGUUGGUGGGGGGGGGGGCACGUAAUGUACCUUUAGCGAAUAACCAGGAUGGAUGCAGGUAUCUACAUUAUAUUGUGAAAACGUUUUUAAAAAAACGUAAGUCAUUUUUCGGUUGUUCUUUGGAUAAAUUGUACAACCCAGGAUCAGGGUCGGCAAAGCCUAUGAGGCCUGUGGUUGGGCUGUGCGUGCGUGUAUGCUUGCGUGUGGCAGUAAUGCUGUGAAAUCAUCAUCACUCGUGAUGUUUCUUGAUCAGCCGCCAAGCGGUUUCUGAUCUGGGACCAGUUUGGACCAGGUCUGAGUCCGACGGCGGCUGAAAUGCUUUUUAGGAACGCGUCGGAGUGAUUUCAGCGGUUUGACUCAGGUGUGGAUACUAUAAGCGCAGGGCAGGGUCAAAUUAAACCUUAACGUGGAUGUAUCUAUCUAUCUACAUCUAUAAGAUGUACCAUGGGCUUUUAUUUUGUUAGGAUCAUGCUUUUCUACCGUGUUCUUCGGCUUGGAAAAAAAAAAGUAGCUCUAGAGAUUUUCGAUGUGCAAAAGUACCUUUUGUUUGUUGUUUUCUUGUGGUUGGCAUUUUGAUUGUAAAUACCUUUUCUGGUAAUCCUCCUCAGUUGGAUCUAUGUUCCAUGAGUUGGUUAGGCUCUAUCAAAUGUAAUGAUAGUAAAUGUUCCUUAGAAAUAUCCAGAAUGUAAGAAGAGAAAAGACUGGAAACUGUGUUUUUUCGUAGGAGUCUGUGCCAUCGUGUUGUCUUGAGUAUAAGCGCACUGAUAUUAGAUCUGUGGGGAGGGGGACGCGUCUGGACGGGAUUGACCAGACAGCCGCAACCAAGCUUCGGUUCAGUUUCUCUGGAAAAGAGCCGAUUAAGAUGAACGGAUGUAAUACUUGUCUCUCACAUUCCCGAUUAACAUUAAAACUGUCUUUGUAAUUGUUCUGCAAAGAAAGACCCUUGUCACAGGAUUAGAGAAGUCAAGUAAUGUAUUAGCAGUGCAAAAAUGUCCGUUUUGACUACUCCGUGUUGAUGCUAAUGCUAAAAAUGAUAACGUAUCAGUGCUCAAACGAACAGCCUCUUAGCUAAGCACAAAGAAAAGGCUAGCUACCUUUGUUUGAAAGUUUAGAAAUGUGGAAAGGACCUUGUGUGUUUGGAACGAGCAAAGCUAGCUCUUUCUGACCUUUUAGCUGGUGAUUAUGCUAAGCUAGGUCAACGGUCUACUGCUUCAUAUUCACUGUAUGACGGUGAGUGUAAUAUCUAUCUAUUUGUCCAACGCUAUACCCCAAGAAACAAAGAUGGAAUGGAAUACACUGUAUUACGUCAACUAUAGUGUACUAAUACACCCAAAUGUAUCUACUUUUUUUUUUUUUUUUUUUGGAACCAACCCUUGAGGAAAAAGAGCAAUUUGAGAGUCAUAUUUGUUAGGAUGGACAUUUUUGACUUAGGGGCGUGACUAAAUAGCUUGAUGGAAUGGUCCAAUUCGCAGCGUGCAGCUACAUGCCAAACCGUUCAAUACAUAAGCACAUUCUUCAAACUUGAGGAAGGAAAUGCUCAAAGAGGAACAAAACUCACACAGUUUUUACUCUGAUGAAAGUCUGCCGGUAUCACAUCUCCUGCCUUCACUGUAGAAAUGAUGGCUGCUGUCAUCGAUCGCGUUCAAAGCCGCUCCUGCGUCAGCUCAAGAAAAAAAAAAAAACAUUCAGGAAUCUUCUUGUCAUUUUGUGGGGGGGCAGGGCGCGGUGGGGCUCCCGAAACCACAGUAUCCGUAUAUUCUGUGUCUACGAUAACCGUUAACGCAUUCUGGGGAAGAGUUGAAUGAUAUUUUCAAUGGCUCCAUGUGGCCAGCACUAGGAAAUGUGUUAUUUUUGUUACAAUACCUCCUGAAAAUAAAGUCUAUUUAUCUGUGAAGAGACAAAGAUUUACAAUUAUACAGAUGAGUACAUAGAAAAUUACAACUGAUUUUAAAUGUGAAAAAGUUCUAUUAAUCAAAACAUGUACAGUUCAUUUGGUUUUGAACACGAUACAGAAAUGUAUCACGCAUCAGUAUUGAGGUUGAUUUUAUAUAUUUAUCAUUUUAUUACAUUGUAAUGUUGUAACUGCGAUGGAGGAAAAAAAACAUAAAGGAAUAUAAAUUAA